GCGUCCACGCAUGGAGCCUCCAUCACCUCCUCCAGUCUCUUUUACGCACCGAGUCCGAUAAUGCGCGCAGGUGCAGGGAGCCUCUCACCGCCACAUUUGCAGCCGCCACACUGAGACACGAACCUCCUCGUGGACUAAUAUGAAAGACGUGGAUGUAGAGGUGUGACACAGCCGAAGAACAGGAGAGAUAUAUUUUUUUUCUGAGUGGAUCAUUCUUGUUUUCCAGAUCACCGCGCGUCAGCAUGGAUGUCUUGGCGAACCACAGUAUCUUUCAGGAACUUCAGCUCGUCCACGACACCGGCUACUUCUCUGCCAUGCCUUCGCUGGAGGAGAACUGGCAGCAGACUUGCCUAGAAUUGGAGCGCUAUUUGCAGACAGAGCCCAAGCGUCUUUCUGAACUCUUUGACCAAGACCUGGAUGGCCUCCUCACCCCGGCCUAUCUAAAGGAGGAUGUCGAGGAAGAGCUGACGGAUUCUCUGCUCCCCAGCCUGCCCAGCCUCCCUGAGCCUCCAAGUGCACCUCCAGCCGUCCUCUGCUCGACACGGAAGAACUUCCCCUCCUCUGGCGCAACGAAAAGGGACCUAAAACCCAAAAGCCAGGGCCUGGAAAACGUAGAAGCAGUGGAGGGAGUCCAUCAAGCCCAGCUGAGCGCCGUCACCUCCCUGACACCGCCGUCAUCGCCGGAGCUGGGCCGUCACCUCGUGAAACCCAACCAGACACUGACGGCCUCAGCCGAUGGCACGCUCACUCUGAAGCUGGUGGCCAGGAAGGUCGGGCUCAGUGCGGCCCGGUUGGUGGCGGCGCACACCCUCCCGGCUGGCAUGAAGGACGAAGAGGAGGGGGCUGCGUGUGUGAUCGGGGUCGGGGAGCUGCCGGAGAACAAGAAGAGGAUUCAUCGCUGUCAGUUCAAUGGCUGCAGGAAGGUAUACACCAAGAGCUCCCACCUGAAGGCUCAUCAGAGGACGCACACAGGUGAAAAACCGUACAAGUGCUCGUGGGAGGGCUGCGAGUGGCGAUUCGCCCGGAGCGACGAGCUGACAAGGCACUACCGCAAACACACCGGCGCCAAGCCUUUUAAGUGCAACCACUGUGACAGGUGUUUCUCACGGUCGGAUCACUUGGCGCUGCACAUGAAGAGGCACAUCUGAGGGAUUUGGAAGAGGUCAGCGGGAGAAGAAAAGAAGAAGAAGAAGAGGACGGAGGCGAAGAAGACGAGAGAAGGGGACAGACGACGGGAAAAAUAACACCAUGGAUGUGAAAGAGACAGAGAAAGACCGAGGGGCGGACUCAAAAGACGGCAGAUUUUGGACUUUCGGGACUUGAGGGGGAGGCACCACACGGGGGGACACUGACUACAGACAGAAACGCACUCAGGCAGGCGGGCGAGCGGAACCUAAGUGGGUCUGUAAAUCUGUGCUCAGCCAGCUGCUCCAUGAUUCCACUCUGACACAUCAUCAGCCUGCAGUUUGGCAGCUCUUUAUUUUUUUUUGUAAAGCUUAAACUCAUCUUAAAAUGUGCCAGGACAGGGCAGGACCACGGGGCGGCAAACUGGACCAGUUGUACAGUGAAUUCCGGUCCUUGGUCGUGUUCCACAUUCUGUAUCUGUUCAUAUUCACACCUGGAUCACUCUAGCAUACUCUAGUCUUAGAUUUAGUCCCUGUCGUGGGGAUUUCUCACCAGGAUUUCACCCACACGUCUUCGUCAUCUUGUUGCCGACAACUGGACUAGAAAGUGUCGCGCUACAGGAAGCAUGUUGGUAACAUAAGGACACAAACUGUAGGUGCGCUCGCCAACGUCGACAUGAAUGUGACGUAAUUAACACCGCGCCUUAGCGUCCACACUGCAGAACACUUGUUUAUAUAUUGGAUUUCCUCAUCCCAGAAGCUGAGGGGAACACGCCGUUUCCACAGGAUGAAACGCCACAGCCGCUGGUUUCCACUCCGUCAAGGUUGCCGUCGCCUUUUCACGCCACCGAAGGCUUCGUCAUCAUCAUUACAUAUAGGACAGAUAAUAAUUUGACAGAUUUUCAUCUCACCUCUGUCACAUCUGCCAAAUGGAUCCAUUUAUAAAUCCACUUGGUGCGAGCACACUUUUGAACGGAGCGCUGGAUUCCCGAGGAUUUGAAGCCGGGAGGUUGUCGCACUGAUGUGCAGUGAAGACUGAUGGAGGUCGUGUCUGGGCCUGGCUCGCUUUCCAAGCAUCAUCAGCAGCGGCUACCCCUGAAUGAGGCUAACUGAUUCACUCUGGGAAAAGACCACUCCCCUCUGAGAGUGUCAGCCGAACGCGAGUGUCUCCACAGACGCUUCGUGGCCCCUCAGAGUGUUUUUCCCCUCCCCUUCAGAAACUGUUGCACAAUUGACUCUUUGCAAACUUUUUUUGUUAAAAAAAAAAAAAAAGAAAAAAAAAAGCCCCCACCUUCUUGAACUUUGGAGACAAUUUGGGACUCGCCAAAAAACCACAUGCACAAGUGGAAGCGGCUAGCUGACUGUGAUAGCACACGGGGACGAGCUCCAUAUGUUAUGUAAAGGCUAUAUUGUUUCUAUGAAAAGAAUCUCCUUGUUUGUUCCCGCGACAACGAGUGAAAGGACAAUUUUGAUGAAGAACAUGUUGAAAAUGGACACACACACACACACACAGAGAAAACAAACACAAGUGUCUACUGUAGAUGCCUGACAUGAUCUCUUUGGUCUUUUUAAGAGUGAUUGGCAUCUAACUGGCCACUGAUUUGAGAACGUUCUCCCCCCAGUUUUGCAGAACUCUUCCAAUUUAGCAGCUCAUUUCAGACAAAAGCAGCAUUCAACAGCUCCUCCCUAUGCAGCCCUAUGCAUAUCUAAAAUAAGCCUGACUUCCUCACCACACACGUUUGUCCCAAUGCACAAUUUGUACCCGCGGCCGCACUCGCAGGAGGACGCGCGACACAAAUUCAAUCGAUUGGGCGACUCAGUCAACGUGAAUGUAUCUGUCGUGAGUCUGUGACGCCGCUCGUUUCCAUGGUUUCCUCCUCUUUUCACAUUUCAAACACACGCGUUAGAUGUAGAACGGGUUAAAGGUCCAGUGUGUAACGUUUAGAUUGUUGGAAUAUCCCAAUAACAUGUUAAAGUAUGUUUGACGAAGUGUACCGUUGCAUAUUCGUAGCCUUAGAAUAAGCCAUUAUUAUCAUAUUCCCCUAUAGGUCAAAAGAAAAGCUUGUUUAAACCUGGAUUAUGUUUCUGCAGCAGCGAAACCAGGUCUUAAAACUUACUCCGUAGUUUCAGGGCUUCAUAAUUCAGAAUGGAGAGACUGCAGUUUUGUGGUAAAGAUACAAUGUGUGAAGAAAACUCAAAGAUCUUGCUCUUCAGAUAUGAAACUGUGGACAGAUUAUAAUAAUAAAAUAAUAAAUAUAAAUUAUUUCAUUAUUCACCACUAAGGAAUCAUAGAAAUUGUUAGAUUUUUUUAUGUCACUAAUUCUUACAUACUGGACCUUUAAUAGUGUUACCAGUGGGUGGUUGAUGUUGAUGUGGCUGGUUUGGGG